UAUGCAUGUGUACACUUCCCCCAGGGGCUGAGGCCAGGACAGGCAUCCCACAUCAGAUGGAUAAAUAGCAGGUCUGUCCUGCCAGCUGUGUGCUCUCUCCCACCCAAAGAAAGCAGUAGAGACUCAGACAGCUGAGCCUGGAGUAGCCCACACAGUCUGUUACCAGAACCAGUCUGUGUGAGGCACUUGGGGGCAGCAAGAUGGAAUCAGAAAGAGAAAUCAUCAACCUCCGACCUGGGAGCCCCAACCUCAGGAGGAGCCAACCCAUCACCCUGAACCACUAUGCCACCAAGAAGAGCGUGGCCGAGAGCAUGCUGGAUGUGGCCUUCUUUAUGUCCAAUGCCAUGCGGCUAAAAGCAGUGCUGGAGCAGGGUCCAUCCUCCCAUUACUACACCACCCUCGUCACCCUCAUCAGCAUCUCUCUGCUUCUACAGGUCGUCACUGGAAUCCUGCUCGUGGUCAUUGGUGAGAGCCCAGGCCAGGAGUCGGCCUCGGUGGCCCCUGGUGGGAAGAAAGGCCCCAACUGCCUCCCUGCACCCUCCUGCUCUUGCACAUGUCAACUUCUCAACCAUACACUGACCUGUGCACAGCUGAACCUCAAUGAGGUAGAAAAGCAAUGGCAGCUCAACCAGCUCAACAACACUGCCACCACCCUGGUCUUCAUCACUGUCAUUGUCAACGUCUUCAUCACGGCCUUUGGGGCACACAAGACAGGCUUCCUGGCUGCCAGGACCUCAAGGAAUCUGCUCUGAACACAGCCUGGGACCCAGGUGAGGAAGGAUGGGAGGUCCGUGGGUCCAAGGGGUCUCCCAAGUGACCCUUCUCUCAGCUCUAGGGGCUUGAAAUAAGAGUGAGAUCUUUGCCAGCAACAAGAAAAGACAGAUCUGAGGCAAGGAGGAGAUCUGAGAGAAGAGUUUGGUUGGGGGCCCAGAAAGGCCCCUCCUGCUGCUAACGGGUGAUUUUUCCUGAGCAGUCAAGCUGGGGUCUUUCUAUAGCUGGGGGUGGGUGGGAGGCAGUGUGGUCAGUGCUUGGCUCUGCCCCUCUGGCAAGAGGAAAGAUGCAGCGUGGGAUCCCUCAAACUGCGGUCCGUGGACCAGUAGUAACACUGUGUGGAAGGUUGCAGGAAACGUCGAAAUCUCCAGCCCCACUUCAGAUUCACUGAAUCAGUGCAUUGAAAAAGGUUGCUAGGGGAAUUGUAUGCAGAGUAAAGUCUAAGGACCACUGGUCUGGCCUGCCCACCUCACUGUCUCUUCUCUGCUUCCCCUAUAGGUCCUAGGUCCUGGGAUGGCUUCUGCCUCUUUACUCUCCACACUGCUAGGACGAUGGGCACUUUCCACAGCCCUAGGAGAGCUCCCAGAAGGGCGGUGGAGAUGCCCUUGCUCCCUACCCACAGCUUCUGAAUUAAGAUGUGUUAUUUUACUGGUCUAAGUGAAUCCCAUCUUGGUCUGGAGUCCUGAGCUCAGACUGCGGUACUGCCAACCUUUCUCUCUGGUGGCGUCUCCUGCACCUGAGUGUCUGCCUAAAGCCAAGCCUGCCCAGCUUCAGGCCUCUAGUUCAUACUCCGCUUCAUUCCUCCCCUCUGCCCUAUCCAUUUUCUCCUUUUUGUAAAAUGGAAUGAUCUCUAUAAAGUUUUCUGGAAAUCCGCUGAGUCAAUCCAUGCAUCAGGCUGGUCUCUGGAUGCCCUCUCCAGCUGUGUUCUGGAAAGGGCUUGACUUCCUUUCCUCUGGGUCCUGCUCUGAGUCAGUGUUCCAGGCCCCACAUGCCUUGGGCUAAUUACCAUCGGCUACAUCAAUGGCAGAUUAGUUAAUUCUGGAUGGAUCCAUGUAUGCACAAUACUUUUUGAGAACCUGUUAUAAACCUAUCCAAGCUUUCAAAUCAGCACCUUCCCUUAGGUGUGUGCUUAAGGCAUACAAACUCACUUUGACCUUUGCCUAGGCCAAAGAGAACUGGGAAGGUAAAGUUGUGCUCAUAAAGCAUCAACCGGGCAUCCCUAGCUCCAAUAGAAAUGAUUUUCAGACUGUCUCCUACUUUCAAAUGAGCCACAC